GUCACAGGUCAGAGGUUAGCAUGCGACCCGAAGCGUGUGGGCACAAAGCACCGUGCCUAGUUGUUGUCUUGGCGCCUUCCUGUGAACAACAAAACUGCCUUUUCUGUUGUGUAUCUCCCAGUCAUGACUUACUCAGCUACCAUAGGACAUUUUAGUGUUUUGUGAGGAAUCUCUGGAAGUGAUUUGAAGCCGAGUUUGGAGCGGGAAAAGUCGUCCUACUCAAAGAAAGCCUUUUUGCAAGGUGUGCACAAACGGUUGGCCGAACUUGGGUGCGCCAUCUUUGUUUACUUUAACACCUGAACUUUUAAUUUUAGCUCGGCGAUUUGUUGGUUAAACUUUACCGUUGCUCGCCAGCAUGCCUAAAGGAGGAGGAAAGGUACGGAAGAGGCAGGACUCGGCGUCGUCUGGCGCUGGAGACGGCGGGGAGAGCGCGGCCAACCAGUCGGCGGGAAAUUCGACCAGUGCCAACGGAGGGGUCCGCGCGGGCUCGCUGGAGCGGGGUUGCUGCCACCCCGUCCAGUGCUCGUGUGACGACCCGCUGGACUUGGCGAGGAACGCCGUGAAAGUGAUCUGCAGUAACGAGGGCUGCCCCGAGAGCUCCUUCAUGCACGACAGAUGUUUUGACAAGUGGGAAGACAGUGUUUUAGACCAUCUGUCUUGCGCUCCUCGCAUAGUGACAGGGAGGUUUCUUCGCUGGCCCAAAGAGAAACGUCGUGAAAGCCUGUGGACCAUUCGUGGAUAUGACUUGGUGAAAAAGGCGCAUGUUGAGGUUUGUAAGUGCAAGUGUGGGAAAGGCUACCUGCGGAAGGACACAGAGUGGCGUCCGGAAGAGGACCCCUCCGCUAAAAAGAAGAAGCAGAAGAAGGGCGGAUCCUCCCAACAGCAGCAGGAGCAACAACAAAAACAACAACACAAACAACAACAACAGCAGAAAGAACAACAACAACAACAGAAAGAACACCAACAGCCAGCCCAACAACAACAACAGCAAGCCAAGCAGGCGAAGCCAACCCUUAACCAUCCUGUUGUGAAGUGGCCAGCGUCCUACAUGUUGCCUAUUUCGGAAAGGUCGACCCCUCCCAUUCCUGAACAUUACAUUCCAGGCCUUAACCUAGAGGAUCAGAACGGACAGAAGAAAAAGAAGAAGAAGAAGAGGUCAAAGUCAGGGAAGAGCGAGACAUCUUCACUGGCCUCCACCGAGUCCAAACCUCCCAGUCCUGAUGAGGAGUUGAAUUUCGAGCCCGCGGAUGCGGAGGAGGCGGUUAAAACUGUUGACAAAGAAGGGGGGGCUGUGGAACAACUAGUAGAGUUAGGCUUUUCUAGGCAGGCUAGUGAGGAGGCUGUACAAAUUCAUGGUUCUAUGGAGGAAGCUUUAGAUUUUCUCCUCAAGUCCUCCUCACCUAAAACAAAUGGUGAUAAAAUAGCUGAUAAAGAAUUAAGCUCUGCUGUGGCUCCACCAAGAAAGGUGGACAGUAAUGGUAACCUUACUGUGCCUUAUCCGGUGCAACAACUUAUGUCACUGGGGUUUUCUAGAGAAGACAGCGAGGCUGCUUUAAGAAUUCAUGAUAAUUUAGAUUGUGCUGUGGAAUACCUUAUGGCUCAGCGACAGUUUGCUCGGUAUAGAAAUAAUCCGCCGGGAAAUGGUUUUGUUGUCGGGCAGCCCCUUGCCCCCACACCCUUUACAUCCCAGCCUCUUGGUCAAUUUCUCCCACAAAAUGGUCCUGUUUUCUCCCAACCUCAGUUAUUUCUUCAGCAGAACGUUGAAGUUCCCACUCCCCAGAUCCCUACUCCCUACUCUAACCCAACGUCCCAGCUCUUCCCAAGUUUGCCGCCAGGUUUUCUUCAACACCAGGUCCCCACGCCCCCCCAGCCCCCUCCCAGUGUCCCCUCCAUCGACGACCACGUUCCACGCGAGGCUCCCGCCGUGAAAACUCACGACAAAACCGACAUGUCGUACGCCAUGCAGCGCUUAAUGGACAUGGGCUUUUCUUAUAGACAGAGCGAGGCGGCCUUUAAACAGCACGGCCAUUUAGAUUCAGCCUUGGAUGCUUUAAUUUCAGGCGAGUUUGACGACAUGCCUUGGGAAACACAGCCCAAACGUAACGCCAAUAAAACCGACCCCUUUACAAACAAGCCGUUAAUAGAAAACUCAAAUUCUGACGCCAAUACCAACCAGGGCGGCACUUUUCCCUCCUGGCAUCCUAUGCAGAGUCAGAACUUUAUAUCAUCUCUGGAUACCUUUUCUCUGCCAUCUAAAGUGCCUGUUGAAACGCCAGUGCCAGUGCCAAAUAAACAGCCCAUUGCAGAGGAUCCCAUAACUGCCAUCUCCGUUAAAGUCUUGACAGACAUGGGCUUUACACCCGAGCAAAGCUACAAAGCAAUAAAGCAGCACGGGACUGUCGAGGCAGCCCUGAACUCUUUGAUAACCUCAGCAUUUAACCAAAGUGGCUCCCUCGAUACUGAAGUCUACAUGUCCGACGAAGAGGACUUCCCCGAGCAUCUGAGCCCACCCAAGCAAAACCACUCCAAGUCUGCCUUCCAUCCGGUAGUGCCAAGAGCCACUCAGGUUGCACCAAGGUUCGCAGCCACUGUAGCACAGGCGCCAGUCUCACAGAAGCCAACGUUUUCUACACGUUUGUCGGCUCCUACAGCAAGGCCGGCUGGGCCGAAGGUUGUCACUGUGAACGGCAAUCACGGCAAGGCUCCCGGGUCGACCCCCACCCCCUGUGCUGCCCUGUGGGUGGGGAACGUCAGCUCCAAAGUCAGCCAGGCCGACCUACAGUCCCUCUUCGGCAAGUACGGGCGCAUCCUGAGCAUCAAGAUCAUCCACAACAAAACCUGUGCCUUUGUGAACUUUACAAACAUGGCGGACGCCACGCGGGCUCGGGACGGGCUGCAGGGGACGGAGGUCGGCGGGAUGGAGCUGGUCAUCCGUUUCCCUGACAACCCCAUCAUCAACGCCGACGGAAACUUCCUGAUGAUGAAGUCCAAACUGAAGACAGGGAACCAGAACGGGGGAGGCCAGUCGGCCGGCAAGGCCAGCCAGGCACAGAGCACUAGCCAGCAGGGGAAGGUGAAGGGACCUGUCGAGACAGAGUUCGGAGAGGAGUGCUUCUUCUAUCGCACCACAGGCUGCCAUUUUGGAAAGAACUGCUCGUACUUACACAUUCCUCACCACAAGGGAGUCGAUCUUUGAAGCUUUUCUUUUUACUGUAAAAUUCUACCAGGGCUAAUGGCUUGUGAGAUAAUGUAAUUCUGGACGGGCCAAAUGAACAAGAGGGACCAAAUCUGCUUUAGGCACUUUACUUUAAUACUUACUAACACACCUUUGACGUUUAAGUAAGGUUUUGUUAAAAUAUUAUGCACCUCCAACAUCCAUGGUGGCAUUAUAAGUGGAAGUUUUGCUUCAUAGGGAUCGUAUAUUUGGCUUGGAAAGUCUUAUCCUGGAUUGUUGCAAUGUGCCCUAAAUAUGAAUACAUGAUACCAGUACUUCAUAAAACACAUUAUGAAAUCCAAGUACUACUACUUCAAAAAGGACCAAAAACAUGCACAGAGGAUGGCUUUUUUAUUCAUGUUCUAUUAUAGGCUCUGUUGCCUUCUAUCUGUGCCAUGUCUUAUGGUCAGUGUUGACCAGGUUUUACCCACUUUUGGGCUUGAUAAAGAGAAUCUAUUUUUUCAUGUGAUUUGUCAAAACGUAUAUCAGUGGCUGAAAUGUGAUGAGAAAAAUAGUGUUAGCACGUAGUUUGAGUUUAUUGUCUGUUUAGUUAAGGUGUUUUUUCUUUUGUUGUGAUGUUUGUUGGAACCGAAGUAGUCAGAAAUGUGCAACAAACAAAAACAUGCUAUAUCAUAUAUGUAGGGCAGUAAGUCUUAUUGCAUAACAUCAUAAAAACACAGGCAUUAAACUUUCUUCUAUGGGAUGAUCUAUUGUGAAGUACAUCUGAACAGCUACCUAACUACAGCUUAGUGAUUCUUUUUCAUAUUAAGAGCAUAUGUACAAGCAGAGAAAAUCACAAAUAAUUUGACUGGUAUGUUUCAUUUUCAAACUACAAUCUAUUUUAUGUAGACCUAGCCAUCAUAAUUGGUAUUGACUAAUGUUGAUUAAAAAUGUUGACAUGACUUGGUUCAAACUUACCCCAAAGGAUCUAUAGUACCCAACAAAGUGUGUGUAAGGUUUAGUUUGUAGGUGUAGAAUGUAGUCUGAUAGAGGUUUAUCAUAUAAAAACAUUUGCCUUUGUUUUUAUUGAAAGAAGUUCUGUCAAACCCAAUUUGAUAGUUAUAUGGCAUUGUUGUAACUUGCUAUGGUUGCCAGCAAUGCAUAGUCA